AGGUCCCUGUUGUUGAACCAAACCCGACUGUCGCCCCAAGGUGCCAAAUCCCAACCGGUGCCGCCGCGGUGGAGGAGUAAAGGCUUCCGCUGCAUCGGUGGUGUCCUGUACCGAGUGUCGGCCAACAAACUCUCCAAAACCUCCAGCACCCCCGUCAGGAGCAGGGACCCGGGCACCAAAACCCCCAGCAGAGCAGCUCUGAGGUUGCACUCCACACCCAGUCCUGGUGUCUCUCCCUCCGGCCUGAACAGAUCCUCCUCGUGCCGAUACAUCGCCAGCCGUGCCGUGCAGAGGAGCUUGGCCAUCAUCCGCCAGGCCAAGCAGAGGAGGAAGAAGAAGGAAUAUUGCAUGUACUACAACCGCUUCGGGAAGUGCAACCGCGGCGACAGCUGCCCCUACAUCCACGACCCCGACAAAGUCGCCGUCUGCACCAGGUUUCUCCGUGGCACGUGCAAGAAGACGGAUGGGACCUGCCCCUUUUCCCACAAGGUGUCCAAGGACAAGAUGCCGGUGUGUUCCUACUACUUGAAGGGGAUCUGCAGCAACAGCAACUGCCCCUACAGCCAUGUCUACGUGUCCAGGAAGGCGGAGGUGUGCCAGGAUUUCCUCAAGGGAUAUUGUCCCAUGGGAGAAAAGUGCAAGAAGAAGCACACGCUGGUUUGUCCCGACUUUGCCCGGAAGGGCGUCUGUCCCAAGGGUGUCCAUUGCAAACUCCUGCACCCCCAGAAGAGGCGGCACCCCAAGGAGGCGGGAGGAGACGGAGACGCCGCCGAUCCCCCUUCCAAGUGGAGAUGGGUCAAGGAGGAGCCGGACAGGAAUGAUCCAGCUCAGCUCCAUGACGAUGGGGAAAUUCCCGGACCUUCCAGUGCGGAGCAGGAGGGGAAGUUUGGGAAAGAGGAGGACGCCAAGCCGACGAGCUGCCUGCAGAAGCUUCCAUCCUUCAUCUCCCUCCGAUCCCCGGAAUAUCCCAGAUUCCAGAGCUGCAAAGUAGAGAAGGAUGAGGAUGAGCCGGAGGAGAAGCCAGGCACCACCAAAAGGAAGAGGAUUUUGCCACGGGAAUCCUCGGAGGACUCAGAGGACACCCGCGUGGAAGGUGCCAGAGGCAAACGGCUGCAGAUCAAGCCCCGGCUGUGAGGAAUUCCCGAUUUCCCGAUCCCGGGAUCAGCCGACCCGCUCAGGAACUGGAGAGCCGGGCACGACCUGGCACCUACCUCAGGACGCCGUGUCCAGACAUGGCACCACCCCCUUCUCCUCUCGCUUUUCCGGGACACCAUUCGGACAAGGAGCAGCGUGGGAAUACGCCUCUCAUUCCCGCCGGGAAUUCCCACAGGAAGCGGCUUUGUUUGGAAUCUUUGAGUUGACCAAUAAACGACCUUUCUCCGUUGGUUUGACAGAGGCAAGUCCUGCCCAAGUG